AUGUCGUGCGGGACAGUUACAGGUCUCCGGGUGAAUGGGGAGCUCAUCACUGCUUACCCACAAGUGGUGGUUGUGCGUGUACCGACACCUUGGGUCCAAAGUGACAGUGAUAUCACAGUCCUUCGCCACCUAGAGAAGAUGGGCUGUCGAUUGAUGAAUCGUCCCCAAGCCAUCCUCAACUGUGUCAACAAGUUCUGGACAUUUCAAGAACUUGCUGGUCAUGGCGUGCCUCUUCCAGAUACUUUUUCAUAUGGUGGUCAUGAGAAUUUUGCCAAAAUGAUUGAUGAGGCGGAAGUGCUGGAGUUCCCUAUGGUGGUGAAGAACACGCGGGGUCACCGAGGUAAAGCUGUGUUCCUGGCACGAGACAAGCACCAUUUGGCAGACCUAAGCCAUUUGAUCCGUCACGAUGCCCCUUACUUAUUUCAAAAAUACGUUAAAGAGUCCCAUGGCAAGGAUGUACGUGUCAUCGUAGUAGGAGGCCGUGUGGUGGGCACCAUGCUCCGCUGCUCAACGGAUGGGAGGAUGCAGAGUAACUGCUCGCUUGGUGGCGUAGGGAUGAUGUGCUCAUUGAGUGAACAAGGCAAGCAGUUGGCGGUCCAAGUGUCCAACAUCCUGGGGAUGGACGUGUGUGGCAUUGAUCUGCUGAUGAAGGACGACGGCUCUUUCUACGUCUGCGAGGCCAAUGCAAAUGUAGGUUUCAUUGCCUUUGACAAGGCUUGUAAUCUAGAUGUAGCUGGUAUCAUAGCGGACUAUGCCGCUUCUCUCCUUACCCCCGGUCGCUUGACGCGGCGCAUGUCCUUGCUCUCCGUGGUGUCCACGGCAAGCGAGACUAGCGAGCCAGAGCUGGGCCCUCCAGCUAGUGCCGCUGUCGACAAUAUGAGUGCUAGCUCCAGCUCUGUCGACAGCGACCCUGAGACCACGGAGAGAGAGUUGCUCACCAAGCUCCCGGGGGCUCUAUUCAAUAUGAACCAGCUAAUAGCCAAUGAGAUCAAACUUCUUGUGGAGUGAUGCCACGUGUAAAUAGGUGACCAACAGAACUCUCUCUUGUAAAGUUUUAUUUUUUAACCAACUUGCAAUGCUGUUUAUCAGAGAGGCUCAGAGGAACGAGGAAAGGCG